AUGUUUGAGAAGAUCACGGAGCGUGAUGAGGAGAUGAAAGUACACUUAUUCGAUUCCAUGUUUGAUCCAGUGUUGGUCAAGUUGAUGACAGAGGUGCAGAGCUCCCUACAGCUGGCGGAGAAGGAGCAUAGGAAGAUGUUCGAGAAGAUCGCCGAGCAUGCUGAGGAGAUGAAGAAGUUGAUGACAGAGGUGCAGUUGUCUUCAUCUCGAGUUUGCAAGGUGACCUUACCUGAGAUGGCAAAGUCCGUAGCCAGAGUUAUUGAUGGCUUGCGCGAUACCAAAGUGUUGUGGUUCAUUGGGUCCAUCUCCUCCUUCGCCAUCUACUACGGCACCUGCGUGCUCUCUGAGUCAAUGCUCUCCGCCCAUUCGUGCCAUCUUCGUCGGUUGCUCCUGUCCUGCACAAGGUCAUGCACAACAUGUGCCUUGCCGGAUGCCUUCGAUGCCCCACUCUUGAUCAGAAGGUCAUUACAAAGGAAUUCUAGGGGAAUCGUACCAAGGAUCCUGCACAAUGCGAGCCUUGCUAUUGUAUGCCUUCGAGACAUCGAGGCUACAGUGAAGAUGGAGUUAUUUCUUUCAGGAAGGAAGGAUACAUACAACGAUUUUGCUGAGGCAAUGGAUCUGGAAGAGAUGGGGGUACUUGUUCAUGUGUCAUGCUCGUUCAAGAGCCUCAUUGCUCAUUCCACAAAGAGGCAAAUGAGAAUCAUGUCUAUACGAAUGGAGAAGAUGUAG